AAGACAGCUAUAUUUCAUGAUUAGAUAAGGCUAUCAGUAACCAAUAUAUAGUUUGAUCAUGCCUAUAUGUAUAUGCUCUGCAAUACUAUUUAUUAAUCACAAUCUAUCCUUUUACUUUCCAAUUCAGUGCUUUUCAAUAUGGAUUCAGAAGCAACUCGGUGGAAUAUAGAACCUUUGGAUUCAUUUAAACUGAACAUUAUGUCCAGGUCAUUGCAUCAACCUCCUGCUGACGAAUUACUAAAUAUUCUAGCAGAAGGAGUGACUGCGAACUUUAAAGAGGCUUCUGUUGAGAUAGUUGAUUGUCCAAACUUCAAUCAGUAUCCCUUCAAUUUUUAUCGAGAAGGCUUGUGUGGUAAUCCAAUUAUUUUGGAUGUUGGUGGCCCAUCAUAUCUUUUGCCAACUGCCCAAAAGUACAAGUUUUAUGAUAUUAAAACAUUACUACAGAAAUUAAAUUAUAAUUAUAAUGCUCUCGUUAUUGGUGCUGGUGCUGGACCAUGGCCACAUACGGGCUCUAAUUGUGAACUUAUCAUGAAGGUAAAUAUAGUAAAUGAUUCGAUUAAGAAAGGAUACAAGCAUGAUAUGGGAGUGGCAAAUGGAACACAUUAUGCGUUUGUACAAAAAUCUACUGGUAAAUGUAUACUUCACCGAGUGGUUGCUAAUGAGGACGAAACAACCUUUGCUUUGUUAGCUAACUUGUAUAUAUGUGAAGGCAAACCAGGAAAAGUUAUAAAAGUGAGGGCUAAAAAGCGUACUGGAAAUUUGGAUUUUAUAUCAUGCAUGCAAAAGGCUUUAGAGGGCCAUUAUGGGGAUAAACUUGUUGGUUUGGGCGGUACAUUUAUGGUGAAAAACGGGAAAGUGAAACAACAUAUAAUGCCGGAUUUCUCAGACACUCCAUUGAAUACGGAGACUCAGCUUAACGAGUGGUUACGAUUUUAUGAAAUGGAAACUCCUCUGAUAGCUGUUGGCACAUUUGUCAGUGCCGAGACAGAUUUAGAUCUCAGAGUUCAACAUUUUCACAGUGCUAACGAAGAAAUUGGUUUGGGUGGACAUUAUCAUUAUGAUACAACACCAGAUACCAUUGAGUAUGAAGGAUAUUUCAACAUGGCAGACACUCUUUAUCGCGUUGAUCAACCUCUUAACAAACUUCAAUUCGGAAAAGAUUGAUUCAGCAAACUUGACUUUGUUUACAUUCAACACAUUCAAUUUUUUCAAGCUUUUGUUACGUAAGAUAAUAAAUUGAAUAUUUUAUGAUAAA